AUGCCGCGAAGAUCAGCAGACUACGAACUUCAGUCGUUCACUGAAGAUGGCGAAGGCGAACCCCCGCGAUCCAAAGUUCCUCCUUCCCCUCAGGCGCCAAGAAGACCGUCGCGUCGCAGUUUCUGGUUGACGAAGACCGCCUUGGUCUUGUUCGCCCUCGUCUUCAUCGCCUGUGCCUCGAUCUUGGCGUGGCUAUCACACUACAUCUCCCGAAAGAAUGGGCUCCCACUCACGAUCACAUCAAGUCAUUAUGUGUGGACGUACGGGCCUACAGCCAUACUUGUCAUCAUACUCGCAGGUUGGAGACAAGUCGAUUAUCAAUACAAGUCUAAACAGCCAUGGUGGGAGCUCAUCAACGGCCCUUCGCCGGCUUCUCGGUCGGUUCUCCUCGACUACUUGUCGCCAUUCCAGCCUUUGAGCUGUAUCGAGGCAUUCAGAAACGGCCACUACGUCGUGGCUUUAUCAAUCUUGACGUACUUCAUUCUCAAGAUCGUCAUCUUGAUCUCCACUACCUUAUUCGUCGUCCAGCUCACGCUCCACGAGGAGCCAGUGACGAUUCGCUACCACAACCGAUUCGACACGGAUAACAUGUGGAAGUCGUUGGGAUACGGCCACUCGUGGGUAUCGAAUGGCUUUUCCUCACGGUCCCCCCAGGCAGACGUGUCAAUCUGGUCAUACGUGGCAGAAGUCGACAACGUUACGACAGCCGACGCAAGCAGAUUGGGCUUCACCAACCUAGCAUAUCAAUCGUUCAGCCUACCCGCCCUUUCACUUAAUAUAUCGUCAGCAUCAGCCCCGGUCGACGUCUUUGUUCCGAACGUCACCUGCGAGCAGGCAUCGCUGUCGUAUUCGAUUACUAAUAAUACGGUGUACUACCAGCUUAACUCUUCAACUUGUGCGGCUGCCAAUCUGUCUAUGGUACCCGCUUCUUGCGGCAGUAAAGAUGGACGACCACCAUGCUUGAGUGCCUUGCAGUUUUACGAUGUGAAUCUCAUUAAUUGCUCUACCGGCAAUGAUGAAGGGAUGAUCGCGUCAGAAGUGACGGGGACCCGCUCUCGAUUCGCUGUUGUCUUCGCAAACCUAUCUUUGGAACACAACGAGACCAGGUAUUACAAAAUUGAUACCGAGAAGGCAGCUGCGGCCUUUUGCAAGAUCGAUUAUGGCAUGGUCUCGGUGACUGCAUCGCAAAGUUACGCCAAUCGUCAGAUCACGCUCGAAGACGAUUUGGUACUGGCAGAGACGCCGAGGCACCUGCCGAAUAUGACGGAUCAAGAUCUCGCAUACAUAUUAUCCGCUAAUCUGGAGGCUGGCACCAAGACUCUUGUGGUUACACGGGACAUUGUUCAAGAGUCUGGCAGGGUAGAUCCGACAUACUCCUUCUUUCAGCUUUUGGCCACCCGCCUAGAUUGGACCAAAGACAGAGGAUCUCUCCUGCAGCCCUCAGUUCUACUCAACAUGUCUACAGAAGUUUUCAUGGGGAUAUCCAAUGGGUUUGCAAGGACAGCGCUACUCGUUGAAGACGCACAGAACGAGCCUUCAGAGGCCGUUGCCCAGGUCAGCGAGAAUAAGCUUCACAUGCGACAUUAUUCACUAUGGCCCAUGGUGGCGGGAUUCAUACUCCUAUCCGCGCUUUGCCUGAUUCUUGUGUUCAUCGUUCCCGGAGACAACGCCAAUCUCAACAUCUCAGGGUCCAUUGCUUCGCACGCCACCGUUCUUGCCAGCAGUCCUUCCAUGCUUGGCGUUCUGAAGAACACGGGCCAGUACAGAAGUAGCCAACUGAAGAAGAAACUGGAAGGCAUGAGAUUCAAGGCCGCAGUUUCCGGUGAAAGAUUCUCCGUUCAAGCUUUGGGAGAUGGCUGCCAUGUCCCACCUUCGACGGCAAAGAAAAGGCCAUGGCUUCCUUUAUCAGGAAGACUCUACAUGGUGGUGUUUCUCUUUACGCUGCCAGUGCUGUCCAUCUGUACACUCGAGCUUUUGCAGCGCCUCUCGGACAGACACCAUGGAUUCUUCAAUAUCGCCAAUGCUGACUCCGCGGAAUGGUCCUACAUUGUUCGGCUGGCAUCGACGCUAGUAGCCUUUGCUACGGCAACCAUGUUCAACAAUCUGGACUCCACUGUUGCCAUUUUCACGCCAUACAGUAGCCUCCGCUCAGGAAGCGUAUCAGCAGACAGAAGCAUCAUGUACCACUUGCUUGAGGUUUUCCCCCUCAUCGUGCCCUUCGACACGAUGCGUUCACGGCAGAUCGGUCCAGCAGCGAGCAGUCUGGCAGCCCUGAUCGGUAGUUUCUUGACCAUUGUUGUUUCUGGUCUCUGGAUCGCUGGAGACCCUGUCCAAAAGCAGUGGAACUCAACGGCCACGACUCACAGGUGGGAGAACGGCUGGCUCUACAAUGAUCUCGAUGAUCGAGGGGCGGCGAUUGCCCUCAACAUCAUCCGCCACCGCGGAGCUAAUACACCCUCGUACAUCCACGAUUACGCCGUCCUUCCCAUGAUGUCUCUGGAUGGCUCUUCGGCCUCAGUCAGUAAGAUCAACAGCACAUUCGAGCUCACAGUCCUACGACCCGUUAUUAAAUGCGAUGUCCUUCCCAAAGAAAACAUCAUUGCCAGCAACAUUCUGACUAAUCUGUCGACUGGACAAGUGGGAGGACAGACGGUUCAAUUCCGAGAUGCCCUCAUCACCCUGAAAAUGGAAGUUCCGCCUGGUUGUUCCUCUAAUACAACGGAUAAUGGAUUGAUCAGCACAGACCUACAGAUCCAACGAGGUAGGGGGGAUGUGAUCAUGGAGCCUGAUCAUAAAUGGAUUGGGCACUACUGGGACCUCAAAGCCAACUCCGGAACCUUCGAUAGACCUUGCCCAACAGCCGGCAUCUUGUUUGGAUCAGUGGAUAGAAGAAUAGGGGGAGAAGCAUAUGGAAUCUUGGAUACGACGAACCUCACCGCACUCUUUUGUACCCAAGGCAUAGAAGAGAUUCCCACGACAAUCACAUACAAGGGAGAUCCAAAGAAUAACCACCUCGACGACGUCAACUUCCAAAUUGAAAAGGGCAGGGCAUGGCGCAACGAAACGAGCAACGGUACGAGUUUGAACUUCAAGCUGGAAGGACUACUCAGCUCCGGCCUGACCUCAAUGCCAGUCGCGUCUGAUAACCCGUAUAAUAGUGGAUACUACGACAUUUUCUUCAACCAUCUCGUCUUCGGCCCGGAAAACCUUCUCGUCGCAGACCUCGUCGGCCCAGAAAACAUCAAAACCCUCACAGAGGCAGUCAGUCGCAACUACAGGGAAUACAUGUCCCACGUUAUCGACCACAACUUCCGGUCCGAGGCCUCUGGGGUGCCGGUCGAAGGGAUGUCGUGGCAGAUGACGACCCGAAUUUCCAUCCAUCGGACCUCCAAGAUAAUUUUGCAGGCUCUGCUGGCGGCCAUGACGGUGCUGGGACUAGUCGGAUACAAGCUCGUCAGGCUGCGCGGGACUCUGCCCAGGAACCCCUGCAGCGUGGCCAGCACCAUGGGGUUCCUGGCCGACUCGCAGCUGUGCGCCCCCGGCUCUGGAAUACUUCCCGAGAAUGCGGGAAAUUCGAGCGAGAAAGAGCUCGAGCGUAACCUACGAGGGUAUGUGUUUAGUCUGGGUUGGUGGGAUGAGGUUGACGACAAAACCAAGAGCACGGCCGAAGUAAUCAAGAUUGCCGCCGACCACGAAGAAGCCGCUGGCACCCUAUCCCGCGAUCCUUUGCCAUUCAAUAUGACCACGAUCCACAAGACCGGGGAGGAAUCUCGCCUUGCCUGCAGGUCGGCCGCUUUCACUAUCCCCACAGCCGGCCAAGCUCCGACAUACCUCCAAGCAAACCUCAUCGUCCUCCCAAAACGCUACGCCGACGACUUCCGUCUUCUCUGCCACCGGAACCCGGUACCCUGCCCCCUCCUCGCGGAGUCUUCAAGCCCAGGAGACUUCAAGCAGCUCAAGUCUUACGUCCAAAGUCUCGACGGAAAGAGCGUCCUACCAGUGGCCAAGAACAUCGACCUGAGACACGACUUCCCCCGGUACCGGGUCUAUGAGGACAGCAAGCACGUCCCGGUCAAUGGUGUAUCCGAACCUCUUGACGUGGCUGAUCAAUGGAUCGACGGCGAUCAUGUCGGAUUUCUGGUAGGAUGUUCGUUCAGCUUCGAGAGAGCACUCCAUGAAGCCGGCCUUACGCCGCAGCACAUGACGCAUAACCGCAACGUCCCGAUGUUCCGGACCAACUUUCCGCUUUGCGCCGCUGGAGUCUUCACCGGAGCGACGUAUAUUGUCUCAAUGAGGCCUUACAAGCUCUCGGACGUCGAGAGGGUUCGGGACAUUACUAGGCCAUUUGUGGCGACCCACGGAGAGCCGAUCGCUUGGGGGUGGGACGGCGCAGAGAGGCUUGGUAUCAAAGAUGUCGCGAAGCCAGACUGGGGCGAACCGGCCUUGAAAGCUGACGGGAAGACGGUGGUUAGACACAAUGAUGACGAGUAUGUCCCUGUUUUCUGGGGCUGCGGUGUCACGCCACAGGAGGCCGUGAUGAAAGCCAACUUGAAGGGUACGGUCAUGGGUCACGCUCCUGGACACAUGAUUGUGCUGGAUAUCAGAGAGGAGGAAAUAUUCCCAGUUUAA